CGUGACCUCCAGCUGAGUUUUGCUAGCUGUCCUCGCUCCAUGUAGCCGAGCUUAGCUUCCAGCAGACAACAACCGUCUCUCGUCGAGUUUAGCAGACAACAACCGUGUCUCGUCGAGUUUAGCAGACAACAACCGCGUCUUCGAAUUUAGCAGACAACAACUGCCUCGUCGAGUUUAGCAGACAACAACUUCCUCGUCGAGUUGAACUUCCAGGAGACAACAACUGUCUCAUCGAGCUUAGCAGACAACAAGUUUAGCAUCCGGGAGACAACAACUGUGUCGUGGAGUUUAGCAUCCAGGAGAGAAGAAUUGUGUCUUCCAGCGGAGUCUGCCCUCGCCGCCAUGGCUCACCCAGCACAGCCCGGUGCCUUGGAGGCCGGCAGCCCUCACAUCCAGGUGGAACACGACAAAAAGCGUCGGCAGUUUGUCAUCAGACUGAACGGGUCCCACGAUCGGGCAGUUCUUCUCUAUGAAUAUGUGGGGAAGAAGACCGUAGACUUGCAACACACUGAAGUUCCGGAUGCUUACAGAGGGAGAGGGAUCGCCAAACACCUGGCAAAGGCGGCCAUGGACUUUGUGGUGGAAGAAGAUCUGAAGGCCCACCUGACCUGCUGGUACAUCCAGAAGUAUGUGAAAGAGAACCCCCAACCUCAGUACGUUGAGCACAUUUACCAAUGACCCAAGGAGCUGCCGGGUGUUGUCAGAAGAAACUUGAACGCUGGGGCCAGCGCUCAUGUCCGUCCACCACAGGAGGACUGAAGCGGGACGCCAACCACCUGGACCGUCUUCAGUCCAUGGAACUCUUCCCCAUGUAAAUACCAUGUCCUGAAAGGAAUGGGAGUGGUGUUUCAUUGGCAUGUUUCUCUCCUCCGUUGUGUUGAGUCCAAAUACCGGCAGGACAAGUUCCAACUAUUUAGCCAUGAAUUGUCAAACCUCCGCCUGAUGAACCCACGUCCUCCCAGGGGAGGUUGGACACUCACCUCCUGCCAAAAAGGACAAUAGAGACUCAAGUCCCCGCCCCCACACCCGCUUCCUGUCCGCUCAAAUACUGCGUCUCAACCCCAACCAACCCAAAGAGGAGUUGUCCCACAUCAGUAGUCAUUCAAAACAACUUUAUUUGGCCACUGUCACCUUGAACAGUAACACUGUGUUUCAACAGUCACAUCAGUCAUUCUUUGCCGUACCACUAGAUGGAGCCUGCGUACCUUUUGUUUCCUGCUUAAAACUGGGCUUUGGCUUCACGGGAGCCUUUUUGCUGUUGACAAUCUUAAGUGGUGACGGAGAAUCCUCAGGGAAAACACCAGCAGGCGUCUGGGAGCCAGCCAGUUGUGUGUGUGUGUGUGUGUGUGUGUGUGUGUGUGUGUGUGUGUGUGUGUGUGCGUGUGCGCGUGUGUGUGUUCCUUUAAGAGCUUCUCAGGCUCUAGUGUCUGAAUAAAGUCAGCAAGGUGACUUUCACUCAA